AUGAUGAUAUUACGACAAACUAUGGCAACAACAUUAGAACAUCUCUCCGUCGAAUUACUCUAUGAAAUAUUUCUUUACUUCCAAUUUCAUGAAGUAUUCAAUAUUUUUUCUAAUCUUAAUUCACGAUUUGCUGCUAUCAUAAAUAGCAUGCCAUCUAUGCCCGUUUACUUGGGUUUCAAUGGAAUGAAUAUAGCAGUGACCGAAUUUUAUUAUAGAUAUUUAUCACAACCAAACAUUUGUAAUCAACUUAUUUCAUUAUGUGUCUCAAAUGCAUCAGCUAUUGAUAAUGACUUAUGGUUAGCUGAACAUGUAUCUAAAUUUAUCAAUCUUCGUCAUUUAUCUUUAAUUGACAUUAAACGUUCUUCUUUUGAAUUGAUUCUCAAUUCAUUGUGA